CGGUACACUUAAGUUCAAACUAAAAAAAAAAAACAAUGGAUUUCCGAUUGCAGAUCUGUUUCUGUUCUCCUUCUUCAUCAUGAACGACGAACGCCACACGCCGCACGCCACGAACCUACCGAACCCUUCUGCUUUGGUGAUUACCGGUGAUGAAGGUGGAGGCUAUGAUGAUGAUGAGAUGCUCAGCAAGGGAAUGGUGAAGAUGGAGGUGAAAGAAUGGAGGUGAUGGUGGCGAUGGUGGAUCUGCAAAAUGGAGAAAAAUCAAGUUUUUUUUUUUUGUUUUCUCUUUUUUUUUUUUUGGAUUGGCAGCCGCACCUCCUCCUUCUCCCUUUAAAAGAAGGAAACUAGGGUUUUCUUAAAUUUGAGUUUUGAUGGGCUGCUUAAUAUUGGGCUGGGCUUAUGGGUUUAUUUUAUUAAAUUUCACACUCAGCU